CAAAGAAAGGGUUUCUGGUGAGCUGGAAGGAAUCGUCCACUGCCACAAAGUGAAAAGCUAUCCUAAUCAAUACUCAUCAACACUAUACUGUUUAGGAAGUGCCUCAUUCACAUGUUCAAGGGUGGCACGGCCAGCCUGGACUCGACCCACAUCAACCAGACGUCAGACCGCGGUACCACGGCCGACAGCCACAUGGGCGAGAUGUCAACCAUCGCCGCCCGCGUGCCACUCUCCUCCGUCUGCAACAUGGAGCGCACGGAGGAGGAGGAGGAGGACGAAGAGGAGGCCAUGGCCAGGGGCGAGGAGAAGCACGGACAGAACAACGGCAGAACCAACAAGCUCCCCGUCAAUGAGAACAAAGUGUGCCCUCUCUGAACUGCGGCAGGGAGGGGAGACGAUAGAUUAAUGACCGCUGCUUCAAACAGUAGAUCUAUUUCAACAGUAUAUUACACAAUAGGCCUACUUAAUGAACUACUUAUUGUCUUUGUACCUUGUUUAUUGUGUCAUAGGAUUCAUAUGAUUUAACCUAU